AUGGCCGAUUCAUCUCCUCAACCAACCAAGAGAAAGCGCGAAUGGGAUACGGGGGAGGCGGAAGGCUCCAGAACAGAACAAAAGGAAGCAGGCGUUGGGAAUGGUACCUCUGCCCCUGUCUGCUUACCCUUCUCCGGUUUUAGAGUGCAAAAAGUGCUCAGGGAGUCCGCGCGGGACAAAAUCAUUUUCCUACAUGGGAAGGUGAAUGAGGCCUCUGGGGACAGGGAUGGAGAGGAUGCCGUUGUGAUCUUGGAGAAGACACCAUUUCAGGUGGAGCAGGUGGCCCAGCUCCUGACGGGCAGCCCUGAACUCCAGUUGCAGUUCUCCAAUGAUAUCUACAGCACCUAUCGCCUGUUUCCUCCAAGGCAACUGAGUGAUGUGAAGACCACCGUGGUUUACCCUGCCACAGAGAAACACCUGCAAAAGUACCUGCACCAAGACCUCCGGUUGAUCCGAGAGACUGGCGAUGAUUACAAGAACAUCACUUUGCCCCACUUAGAGUCUCAAAGCCUCAGUAUUCAGUGGGUAUAUAACAUUCUCGAGAAGAAGGCUGAAGCUGACCGGAUUGUUUUCGAGAACCCAGAUCCCUCCAACGGCUUUGUCCUCAUCCCUGACCUCAAGUGGAACCAACAGCAGCUCGAUGACCUGUACCUGAUUGCCAUCUGCCACCGCCGUGGCAUCAAGUCACUGCGGGAUCUCACUCCAGAGCACCUGCCACUGCUGAGGAACAUCCUCCAGGAGGGUCAGGAAGCCAUCCUGCAGCACUACCAGGUGAAGGGGGACCGCCUGCGCGUGUACCUGCACUACCUACCCUCCUAUUACCACCUGCAUGUGCACUUCACGGCCCUGGGCUUUGAGGCCCCUGGCUCUGGGGUGGAACGGGCACAUCUACUAGCAGAAGUGAUUGAAAACCUAGAAUGUGACCCAAAGCACUAUCAACAUCGCACUCUAACCUUUGCCCUCAGGACCGAUGACCCCUUGCUCCAGUUGUGGCAGGAGGCCCAGAAGAGUUAA